CACAUAAAAGAGAGCCUAGAUUCUUUAGUUUCUUUCGAAUAUUCUUUAUUACCUAUCUAUGACUAUGUCAUUCAUCUGAUUUAGUUUUCUACAAAGGAUUACUGCAUUCUGAAAUGAAGAUACAGUAGUACAGUACAAUGCAUUUAACAAUCUGGGGUUGAAAGAUCACUAUUCAAUGGGCCACAUAGCUUAUAUUUACAGCCCACAUUUAGGCCCACUAUAUUAUAGGUUACCGUUGAUGAUUUUUUUAUUUUAUUUAAGAGGAAAACAGAGUGAAUUUUUUCCCUAAAAUUACGAUUAUCAACCUCACGUGAAACAUUCAUAUUCCAAAACCAAAUGUGUAGAUCACCUUUGCAAAAAAAUAAUCCAAAUCUCGUUUUCCACAACUCCAAGUAUAUUCCAAAUCUACAAUACUGUCCAUUCUAAUAAUCACAUUAUAUAUAGAAUUAUACGUACAUACAUAAUUGCAUUCGUACAAUAUUAUAACACUCACACAAAAUCGAAUCAACAUGGUCAACAGCGACGAUGACAACGAGCCGAGAGGAUAUCUAAUUCUCCGACCGGAAGAGCUCCGGCCAUGGGAACUUUUUCGUUUGUUAUUCUCCCGCGAUAUCGACAAGCCGAGAUCAGUCGAUAGCUCAGAAACCAAAGAACCAAGUUUCAGACGUCGAUGGCUUAUCUUCGUCUCUCUCGUCCUUCUCAAGCUACUUCGAUUAUUCUCCGAGCUUUUAGCUCUCCUUGGCUCCGCCUUAGAAUUCCUCUUAAACUUCCUCUCCGCUAACUCUUUAUCCGGUUUCUUUCUCCGAGGAGAAGUAGUGGUGCCGAAAACAACGUCAGAGAAUUAUCAGUCAUUUAUCGGACAUUUAGACACGAGAAUAAGUUUAGACAAGACGAUGAAUCGCGAAGACGGAGACAAAUACUAUGCUGCAUUGUCCAUUAUGGCUUCAAAAAUUGCCUACGAAAACUCAGCCCGUAUUAAAAAUGUCGUCGAGAAUCAUUGGAAUAUGAAGUAUUUAGGUCUCGUUGACUAUUGGAACGAGUACCAAGAAAAGGAAACAACACAAGCCUUUAUAAUGUCUACAGAUAAAACAUCAACACCAUCCAACUGUCAAGAAACGACGGUGGUGGUUGCAUUUAGAGGAACAGAACCGUUUAAUUCCGAGGAUUGGUGUUCAGAUUUCGACAUUACAUGGUAUGAGCUCCCAAACAUUGGGAAGAUCCAUGGUGGUUUCAUGAAAGCUCUCGGGCUUCAAAACAAUUGUAGUUGGCCUAAGGAACCUCUCCCAAACCCUGAUCGAUUAUCCCCUUUAGCUUACUACUCAAUCAGAGACUCUUUGAAAACUCUGAUCGCUCAAAACAAAAACACUAAGUUUGUUCUGACCGGUCAUAGCUUAGGAGGAGCCCUUGCGAUAUUGUUCACGGCUGUGCUUGUGAUUCACAACGAGACCGAGUUAUUGGAGAGGAUUCAAGGGGUGUAUACUUAUGGACAACCUAGGGUUGGAGAUUCCAAGUUUGGUGACUUUAUGGAGAAGAAAUUAGAAGAAUAUGAUGUCAAGUAUUAUAGAUUUGUUUAUAAUAACGACAUUGUUCCAAAAUUGCCGUACGAUGAUAAGGAUUUGAUGUUCAAACACUUUGGCACUUGCAUCUACUACGACCAAGACUAUCAACCAAAGGUUUUGAGAGAGCAAUCGCAAUCGGACGAAAACUUUUUUUCGUUGCGUGGGAUUAUAAAGAUGGUGUACAUUGCUAUAUUGGAGUUUAUAAGAAGCUUCACUAUUGUGACUGAGAAGGGAUCGGAGUUUAGGGAAGGUUGGUUGUUGAAGGGUGGUAGGGCAAUGGGGAUUAUAGUCCCUGGUGUUUCAAAUCAUACACCUCAAGAUUAUGUGAAUGCCACUAGAUUAACCCCUCCUUGUGUUUUCCAAAUUCAUAGAGAUGUAUCCAUAACAUAAAAGGGUUUUAAGUUAUUGUUUGUAUCUUUGGACUACGCUUUUCAAUUCAUAAUGAAAAACACCGAGAAAAAUUAUCCUUUAAGAAAUGCAAUUCUUUCUUGGUAAACACACAAAAACAGAGCCACUCUGUUUUCAAUUUAUUCAAAGGGAAAUUGCAAAAUUUUGUAUCUCU